AAGGACGUGACGGCGGCCCGAGCCCGAGCCUCCCCGGCCCCGGACCGUUAUCCCCGGGCAGCGCCGGGCCGGCUGCGCGGGGCUGCGCGGGAUUUGCGCGGAGCUCCGCGCCCCCCCUUCCCCCCCUCCAAGCCCCGAGGGGCUCCGCGGGCGGCGGCGGCGCCGGGGGGCUCGGGUUGGGGCGCCCGCCGCCUUCCCGGCCCCAUUCCGUUGUCAAGGGGUUGUGUUUGAUUUUAUUGGGGGGGUCGGGGGGGAAUAAAUGUGGGGACCUUCACCAAAAGGAGGGGAAAAUAUCCAAUUUUCAUCGCAAAAUUAGCUAGGGCGAGAGCAAAGGGCUGAGCUAAUUGUAGCCUAAUCCUCUGCCCUGCAGGCGUUUGCAAAGCCCUGAGCAAGAAUUCGCUUUUUUUCCUCCUCUUCUCCCUUCCCUCUGUUAUUUAGAGACGGGAUUAUUGCCUUUCUUCUCAUAACAGCCUCGGCAGUUUCAUUUAAAGGCUUUUUCCCCCCCUCGCACACACACACACAUCCGCGCACAGACAAAAUAAAUAGAAAGAAGCAAGGAAAAAAAAAAAAACAGAGAGGGGGAGAGCGAGCGAGGAGAGAGCAGCUUUAAAAAUCACAAUAAUCACAGCAGGAUCCGAGCGGCAAAGACAGUAAUAAAAGAAAAAAAAAAAAAGAGAGAGAAAAAAAAAAGAAAAAGCCAACCUAAACCCAGCCACACACAAACCCAAGCGAGCCCAAAAAGCCGAGGGGGGGCUCGCAGAUCUCCGCUCAAGGCUCGCUCCUCGCCGUAAACAAUUGUCUCCGAGGGGCUCUGGAGGCAGACCCGAGCGGUCGCCGUGCGUGUUUAUGGAGACAAAGGAGGGAAGAAGCAUGUCCCGUCUGUCUCUAACACGGUCCCCAGUUUCUCCUCUGGCUGCUCAAGGAAUUCCUCUCCCCGCUCAACUCACCAAGUCGAAUGCUCCUGUGCACAUCGAUGUAGGAGGACACAUGUACACCAGCAGCCUGGCUACCCUGACGAAGUACCCGGACUCCAGAAUAAGUCGUCUGUUUAAUGGCACUGAGCCUAUUGUCUUGGACAGUUUAAAGCAACAUUAUUUCAUUGAUCGAGAUGGUGAAAUUUUCAGAUAUAUAUUAAGCUUCCUAAGGACAUCUAAGCUACUGCUCCCAGAUGACUUUAAGGACUUUAAUCUUUUAUAUGAAGAAGCAAAGUAUUACCAGCUGCAGCCAAUGAUUAAGGAACUUGAACGAUGGAAACAAGAGAAAGAACAAAGGAAACAUUUCCAGCCUUGUGACUGCUUGGUUGUAAGAGUGACUCCAGAUCUGGGGGAAAGAAUUGCAUUGAGUGGGGAGAAAGCUUUAAUAGAAGAGAUCUUCCCUGAGACCGGGGACGUCAUGUGCAACUCCGUAAACGCAGGCUGGAACCAGGACCCUACCCACGUUAUUAGGUUUCCUUUGAACGGAUACUGCCGGCUGAAUUCAGUGCAGGUGCUCGAAAGAUUAUUUCAGAAGGGAUUUAACGUGGCAGCUUCAUGUGGUGGUGGGGUGGAUUCCUCUCAGUUCAGCGAAUACGUGCUGUGUCGCGAAGACAGACGACCACAACCCACUCCAACGAUCAGAAUAAAACAGGAGCCCCUGGACUAGACCCUACCCAUACUCCUUUGUAACCAUAGAAGUGUUUAAUAGUCCCUUAUGUGAAACACAAAGGAUUUGCAAAACAGUAUUAGCAAACAGAUUUUGACUUUAUGUUGCCAAUUAGUGGUAUUCUGAAACUACCUGUCACAUAGCCAGCCAUGAAAUGCAUUUGAAAAACCAGUUGUCCGUUUUUCACGAUGAAAUACUGAGCGUGCUCAGCAUACCAGGUUUGGUGGGAAUGUACUUUGAGCUGAACAGCUGUGGUGGUGAAAAGGCAAAGCUUCAUAAACCUCUGACCCUAGAUUGGACUUCUGUGGAAAGACCAAUUAAAGUGAUUUGAAUCUAUCAGCAGGAGAAAUGAUUCCGACAGCCUUUCCAACGAUACCCUGACAUGUGAUGCGUGGAAGUGGGGGCCUCCAAGAGGAAGAUGGUACAUUAAAAACUGCACUGAGUACCUUCCCUGACUGCCACACCUCCUUCAUAUCAGAUGUGCUUUACACCUCCACACGUUACAUUACACUACACUUCUGUGAUUGUACUCCUUCAUGCUAGCAAAUGGCUUAUUUUUAUACAACAUUUCCAACUGAAAUAUCUCUGUGGACAGAAUCCAGAACCAGAAAAGGACCAAUUUAUAGUCAACUGGUGCUCAGUAUUAAAAAACAAACAAACAGACCAAACAAAAAAAGCAACAUAAAAUUGACAAGGCCAAUUAUGGCAAUACUUGCAAAAGUAGGGAUCUGGAAGCACAAAAUAAAACUCCAUCUACCAUCAAACAAGGGCCACAUACCUAUUGUGGAGCUGUAGUUCUCUUAAAGCCAGUCGUGUUUUGACUCAGAAACUGUAAGUUUUGCAUCAUCAAAGAAGCGUGGUUCUCCCAAGCAAGCUCUGCCACCUCUUGUUGUUCAUUUACUAACCAUGUUAUAAGCCCACAUUUUCAAGGAAACAUUAAGAAUUUUGGACAAGCUAUUCUUUAUAGGUCUGGAAUUUUUGCAAAAAGAUGUUAAAAACCUCUACUUCCACUGUCUGAUGAAAGCAGGCCAUGUUUUGUUUAGAGUGCUUUCCUCUAUUAUUUUAAACUAUUAUUAAAAUACUGAUUCUGUAGCUGCCCUCUACCUGUUUAAUUGUAUUUUUAAAGAAGCCCACGGUCUGUAGGAGGUUACUCUUCCUUUCAUGAAUCAGUAUCGACUCUCUGACUUACAGGGCUUCCUAACUCAGGAGACAGCACCAUGUUUGCAGGUGCAAGGUUAUAAAUAGCAUUCUGCUAAAUCCUGUUUAUUGCUGUUUAGCAUGAUUGGGUCCUCAAUAAGUAAUUCAUGUGUUAAUCACAAUUUAGUUUCUCCCACAUUAAUUUAUAGAAUACUGUUGUAGAUGCUGAAUUUUAAUUGAACGUUUUAGAUGUGUAAAUGCAGCCAUAUAUAACAGUAUUAAAUGGUUGACAGUUCUUUAAUACCAAAUGAUUGCAAUCAGACAAAAUAAAGAUUGAAGUUUAAGACUAAUAUUUUCAAAAGUGAUGAGCUGUAGUAAAUAUCCAAGUUACGGUCUAGGCAGAGGUCUAAUUUUUGGAAAAGUGCUGGAUACCUGACCAUAGAAAAUCAGACCUCUGCAGGUUUUUUUCAUCUUGGUUACCCAAACCAGAGAUCUCUUAUGAAAAUCUUAGCCUAUACAUAUUGGCCUGCUAACUUAGCAGAACAGUUGAGCAAAUCUGUCUACUUCAGAAGAGUUGUAAAGUUAUUUUAUUUUGUGGUUUUAUACUUGUAUGACAUUCUAAAGUUCCUAGGCAUUGCCAUAUUUGAAUAUAUGGCACAGCGUUCACCUUUGUAUGUAAGAUAUCUGUAGAAUUGUAUAUUAUACAUUUAAUAUUGUAAAGAACUUAACGUAUAAUUGUCAUGUAUUUGUGUAUGCACAUUUCUUAUACAGUACUUCAUGCCAUAAACAUUUCUGUAAAGUAAAUGAUCAAAAAUAAGCAAGUAGGGUGGAACA